AAAAUAACAUUUUUAUUAUGUGUCCACGCACUCUGGUUACAAACGUGUAUUCUAUCUUUUAAAUGCGUCAUGGUCAUUACCGGCCUGUCACAUGCACAACGGAACUCAAGAAAAACUAAACGAGCGCACCUCUCUCAGGGUGAACUGAAUUCUGCAAACAGGGGAAGUUGCUGGUCUCCCGCUUGGCAAAGUUGUUUUUGUGGUUUUAAAAGCUCGAAAAAAGAUACAAUGACUUCGACGAACAUGUUUCAAGGGUUGGAUAAUAGUGCGAAGCCAAGUUCAAGGGUUUUGCAGCCUCCUGGUGGUGGUUGCAGUAACUUGUUUGGCUGUGAAGAAGACGCAGCACCAUCAAGAAGACCCAAUAAAAUGUCAUCUACAGUUUUUGCUCCACCAGCGGAAUCCCAGAACAUCCCCAGACGCUCCAAUCCUCCAGGUGGUAAGACAAGUGGAAUAUUUGAACCAGAACCUCCAGCUCAACCAAAAAAACCAAUACCUCCAGGUGGUCUAAGCAGUAACAUAUUUGGGUCUGUAGAAAGUGUACCUGCCCAAAGUCCAACCAGGAGCCACCCAAACAAGCCAAAGGACAAUCUAAGUGUUGGACCUGAACCCGAAUCGCCAGCUCCAGAGCAUAAAGUGAGUGAGCCUGUGGUGAAGGAAGAAACUGUUUCCCCCAAAGCCUUGCCACCAAAGGAAGAGCCUGCUGCCGUGUCCUCCUGUCCAGAACCCAAGCCAUCUCCCUCCCCGUUUCCUGAUGCCAAUGCACUGAAGAACCACGAGCCUCACUUGGGACCCAGGCCUCGCUCUCACAACAAGGUCCUCAAUCCACCUGGAGGAAAGUCUAGUGUCGUAUUCUACUGAUCAACCGAGCACGCCAAUCCUCCCUACGUCUCACGUACACCUUCUAGUCUGCUCCUCCCAUUAAUCUCUCAUUCUCUCAGCCCCCCUCCUCCCAACAACCCCUUUGUUUACUGCAACUGUCCAACUAAUCAAAGAUCAGGAAUUUCUGUUCUCAACAUCAAAUUCUUGUUCAAAUAUGUUGUCUACACGUUCUUGCACUUUCAGCCCCUUUUCUGGUUCUCAGCUCUUUGUCCAGUUUUUAGUGUCCAUUGAAACCCAGAUGAUGCAAUCAACAGAUUUUCACUUAGAAUGUGACUCCAUUCAGUCUCACUGCUGCAGUCACUGUUUUCGUAUAUAUACACGUUCUAUUUUGAUGCCAGUGCAUUAUUAGAAAUCAUUAUCAAGAAUUCUUUACACAUAAAUAUAUAUUUAUACAGUUUUCAGCUUUAAAGUGUUUCCAGAGUGUAUUGAUUUUCUGUUGCUGAAUUACUGGUGUACAAUCAUUGCAGACACAUUAUAAGCAGCCAUUUAAUCCGGAGAAGGUGAAUACACAUUAUAAGCAAAGGAAAGAUGCUUCAGGGAGUUUACUAGUGCCACAAGCCACUCUUUGAGGGCUGUCCUUUUUUUCUUUUUUGUAAUUAGAUGAACACUUAAAAUCAGUUGUUCUGUAGAAAAACUGUUGGACUAUAACUGAAGACUGUUUUGUCAAACCUUUGAGCAUUUUCUUCCUAUUAGUUAUCUAGUCAUUUUGAAAUGGACAUAUUCUUGUUUUCUCACUUUUUUUUUUUGCUUCCUUAAAUUCCAUUUUAAUUUUAUGCUCAUAAUGCAAAUGUAUUGUACAGGUACUAUUCUGCUCUGUCUUCAUUGCUUACUGCUAAGAAAUGCCUUUUUCUUUCCUCUCCCUUGGGGUCGGCCCCGUUUAUGUUUUAAAUUAAAACGGUUAACCACAAGUGAACCUUGGACAAACAUGGAGCUAAUGUGAGUCCAGGUGGACUCCUCAGUAAUCAGCGUUUCUUUCUUUCUUUGAUGCUGCAUAUUCAUGGUACUCUGAUACCAGCCUGUCUCUCUCCCCCACCCCGUGUCAAUGUGCCUAGUAGGCAAUGAGCAUAGCAGAAGAACUCCUGUGUAUUGCAAUAAUGUAAUAAAUCUUGUUUGGCUUU